GCCUAUGCAGAGGAGACGUAUAUAUUGCCUCCAAUGGGGUCGACACUAGAUUAACGAGUCAAGUCACCUCUUCAGAUUUUCGAUCAUGCAGCCCAUCAUACUGUACGACAUACCAAGCAAAGCCCCCAAGAAUAUAUGGGCCCCAAACCCGGCAAAGACAAGGCAAGUCACACAAUCAGAGCCAUUGCUAGAUGUUGCUGACACGCAAACGGAAGGUUUUGCCUGAGUUACAAAGGUCUCCCAUAUGCGAUCGUCUGGGUAGAGUUUAAAGACAUCCCCAUGACUAUGAAGGGCAUUGGCGCUUCAGCUACGGAAGGGGGCAGGUACACCCUUCCAGUUAUCAAGGAUCCCAACACUGGACUUGUCGUUUCCGAUUCACUAGCGAUCGCCGAGUACCUGGACAAGACCUAUCCAGAGAAGCCGGUCAUACCACGCGGCGCAAAUGCUCUGAUAGCGUUAUUCGAGCCUGCAUAUUGCAGUGUUGCCUAUGGAAAAGCAGUUGAUUUUAUCUUGACGAAGACCCUCGAAAUCCUGAACGAUUCAAGCAGGGAGUACUUCAUUCAGACGCGCUUGGAGCUGCUUGGCGAAAUGCACUGGGAGGCCGUAGAGGAAAAAUCACAGCAGCAGUGGGAGGACUUGAAGAAGGGUCUUGAUGAAAUCGAUAAAUGGUACCAGAAAAGUGGAGGGAAGUGGAUUAUGGGGAAUGCUUUCUCGUUCGCGGAUAUGGUGGUGGCUUGUAGAACGAUGUGGUGGAAUACCAUCUUUGAUGAAGAACAACGCCGAGAGUUCCACUCCUGGAACGGCGGCCGAUGGGCGCGUGUCUUGGCAGACGUGAAUGCAGAGUGCGGUACAGAUCUGUAGGAAAUGGAAUGAAGUCAAUCAUGAUGUCGCUCGUGUAAUAGUACCAUACUGCGGGUGGGUCCUUCAAAGUUGAGUGUAAGUAAUCGUAUCAACCUGUGCUUGUUGAUAUAUAAAACGGCUUGCACAAAAGAUAGUCAUACUGAAUGAGACUCGAGAAGUGGCAAUCAUCCUGGUCAUGGCAAAGGCUCGGUCUUCCACAGUCAGACCCAAGCUUGAGCUUGAAUUAAAGGAAUUAAGAGCGCCUAGCUGAGAAAAUGUGAC